UCCACCUUUAUUAAACGAUAAAAUUUUGUUUUUUUUAAUGUUUUUUUCCGCAUGAAUGGACACUGUUCUGUUUCGUCACAAUCAACAGGGAUUUUCCCAGAAUUUAUCCCCAGUUGGAAAACCAGUGUUUUAGAACGACAUCGCAGUUUCGGGAAACUAGAGGAAUCAACAAUAGUUAUUAUGAUCGUGCAGUCGUUGACUCAACCUACAAGGACCAUGGGGGAACUAAAUAAACAACGGGAGGAUCAAAGUUUCACCGAUAUUGUUGUUCUUGUGGAGGGAGUGAAGUUCCACGCUCACCGAGCGAUUCUCGCCGCAAAUAGUUCGGUGUUUCGGUCCGUUCUGCAAGAAACAACAACAGAGGGCACCCCCAAUAUCAACUUGGACGGCGUUGAAUCGGCAAACUUUUCGACGAUCAUCAACUUUAUCUACACCUCUAACCUAACAAUCAACCAAACCAAUGCCGAUCAAAUAUCGGCCACUUCGGAAUUCUUGAAAAUAUCCUCAAUUGUCGAACUUUGCGCGAAGUUUAAACAACAACUCAAUAAUGAUGAAUCCUCAAAAUGUGACGAACCUGAGGUUUCCGACAACGAGGGAAAUAUUGAGGUUGAAGAAGAAGACGGUCGAUUGCAAACAACAGAAGCUACAAAGAAUUCUGAAGAAAUUCAAGUUGAGAAACGCCGCGGUCGUAAACCGUUGGAGCGCGUCGAGUGUCCGAUUUGUCGCAAAGUAAUGACGGAAGUUCGAAUGGAAGCUCAUCUUCGUUAUCAUAAUGGGGAAAACCCCGUUACUUGUGGUUGGUGUGGAAGGUCAUUCGCGAAUAUUUAUAAUCUUAAAAUACAUGAACGGAUCCAUACCGGUGAACGACCCCACAAAUGCCAGGUUUGCUCGAAAACCUUUUCGGACCCUUCAAGUUUAAGCAAGCACAAACUGUGGCACGCCGGGGUGAAGAAGAAGAGUUGUCCCGUUUGCCGAAGAAUGUUCGCUACGGCAACACAAGUCAGAGAUCAUAUACGAACGCACACCAAAGAGAAACCUUUCGUAUGCCAACAAUGUGGAAAAAGUUACGGAUAUAAAUGUGAUCUUACUCGCCACAUGAGGGAGCAUAAUGGUAACUUGUUCGGUCCAUGCCCCGAUUGUGGGCGAUUGUUCAACCAUAACGGAAACUACAAGGCUCAUCUAAAAACGCAUCUCAAGAAACAGAACCCACUGCCAGUUUUCUUUGUUGAAGAGAACGAGGUGAUUGUGACAUCACAAGACAGGCAAGUGUCACCUCCUAGUGGUGAGAAUGGGAAGAAUCUCGAUACUUCGAUGAACAAUGGAUCGUGUGUGAUGUCACAAGAAGAGGAAGUGAUGUCGGCAACAACGUCAUUGGAGCAAAACAUGCUGAGUCAUGAUGACAUCGUGAAAAACGAGAACUCGUUGGUGAUUGUCGACCAAACAAUGGAAUCCAACUUUGAAACAUAAACAUUUGUGAUGUCAUCAUGAAACUUCGUGAUGUCAUGUAUUAUGUCAUAAUGUUGUCCGUGUUAUGUCUGCGUCGAAUAAAUUUCAAUGAAAAACA